AGAAGUUUCUAGAAAUGAAAAAUGAUGACUCAUGUCAAGAAAUGACGAUUAUUCUGAAGUUUUGAUUAAAAGUGAAGGUAAAGUUUGAACAUAAAGAGCUAGGCCUGAAAGUAAGGUUAAUCAAGAACUAGAGGUGUUGAUACCCCGUUCCUUCCUUUGGAUACAUAUCUGUAAGAAAUGGCUGGAGUGACCCCGUCCUCUAAUGUGAUUGACACAGAAUCCUUAUCAAUAUGUGUACAGUUACUACAGACAGAGUGUGAAGAUUCUACUGCUAAUCUUAAAGCAGCCCUAGAUCUUAUCAUUAAGAUAUGCAGAAAUAUUCAACAGAAUCCCAGUGAAGAGAAAUAUAAAAAGAUAAAGAAAGAAAGUAAAUCAUUGAAAGAGAAAGUUUGGAAAUAUGAUGGAGGACAACAAUUAUUAUUAACUAUAGGCUGGACUGAGGUGGAUGACAGUAUUAUAUUUUUAGAAGAAAAAGAUCUUUCUGGUGUUAUCAAGUUUCUAGAAGAUAAACUAAAAGAAUAUGGUUUAACCAAUGGAGCAAAUUCUACCUCCAGUACAACUCAGGUUCAGUCUGGCUGGUCAGAAGCUGAAAUGAAAGAAAAAGAGAGGUUAUUGAAAGAACAAAAAGAAAAAUUUCAAGCUCAAAUCAGACGGAAGAGAGAGGAACAGAAACGCGUCAAGACUCAGAUUGAAGCAGAUAGAGAUAAUAUUAAAGCCAGAGAGUUGAAGGCUUCGAAAGCAGUAGAAAGAAAGUUUGGUAAUAAUGUUAAAAGAUUCGGUGAUAUAGGGGUCAACUUAGAUGGCCAGGGCGGAUGAGGUUAAUAUCCCAGCUGUAUUGAUAGAAGACUGGUGAAAUUGUGUUGCUAUGACAGCAAGUAUCUACCAGUCUCUCUACAGCUGGUCACAGACCAACAGAGAUGUAGUCCCUAUCAACCUAUCACAGAAUUGAAGCAUGACAUCAUUACAUCAUUUUUUUUUUAAUAUCAAGCACUUACAUCAUUGUAUCAAUUUUCAUUGUUGGACAUUUGGUCAUUUAUUUUUUUCACAGACCUCUGUUAAUACCCAUCUCUAUUUAAGAUUCUGUAAAUGUCAGAGUGUAUAGGGCUAUGUCUCCUUUUCUCACUGAUGUUUUUGUAUGAAAGAUUCUAUUAAAACAAGCUCUAUAUAAUAGAAACUGGAUGGUUAAAAUAUAUCAGUGAGAAAUUCGACUAAACAGAUUGUAUGGUUGACUUUUUAAGUUCAGGCAUUUGAAGCUGUGGUGUAUGUAAAUUUACCAACCUAACCUAAAAAUUACAAACAUUAACAAAAAAAAGAAAAAUUGAUUCAGUUAAAUUGAUUAAAUUUUCUCCAUAAUGAGUUCAAAACUAACUUUGCAAUGGAACACAACUUUGAUAUUUUGUCAUUUUUUUGUCAUAGAGUUUGGAAGUAUUUCUUUUCUAAUUACUAAAUUAAGGACCGUACAAAGGGAAGGACCAAUUACUCAAAUACUUGGCUACAUUUGUGAUAAUAUUUAUGAUUUAUAAAUUGACGCUUCAAGUGAAUUUUCCCCACAAUGAGUUCAUUGAUAUUUUAGAUAUAAACCUGUUCUUUUCAUCUUUCAUUUUUUGUAAAUUUAAAACAUGAGAGGGAAUGGGUCCAUCAUUCAUCCUUAUAAUUUUAUUUAUUUGUAAUACUUAUAUACAACCAGAACAUUUUGAAACUUAAUUGCAAACAUUGUGCUCUGUAUGAUGAUAUUAUAAGUAGAAAUUGAUUACCUCAAUAUCUAGUUACUGUCUUGUUUGAAGUAGCCUAAUUAUGCGCAUAAUCUCAAAUAAGCACUAUUCAAAUUUUUAAUUUAAAUAUUUGUAAAGUAAUUAUUUUCAUCCAUUCAGAAAUUAUUUAUGUAUAAAUAUCUUCUACAAUAAAUAUACAUGUACAAUAAACAUUAUUUUU